AUGUCAAAUUGCAGCUUGAGGAUACAUUCUUUCAUCGUCCGUUUGAACAAGAACACAACCGUCACGAUGUCUAGCUCUCAAUCUUGGGUCAACGUCUCCCCCAAAAGCCACUUUUCUCUGGCGAAUAUUCCUUUUGGUAUCAUCUCCACAAAGUCAGAUGCCACUCAUCGUCCUGCUAUCGCCAUUGGAGAACAUGCGCUGGACCUGAAAGCUUUCGCCAAGGCAGGCGGCUUCCAUGCUCUGCCGUCAAUUCAAGAGCGGAUUUCUGUCUUCUCUUCGACUACAUUGAACGACUUUGCCGCGCUUGGUAGACCUGUUCACAAGGAAGUGCGGUCAUACCUCCAGUCCAUCUUGAGCGACAACACCCCGCACGCAGGAUUGCUCAAGGACAACGCUGAACUGCGCAAGACGGCUUUGAUUCCCUUCUCUGAGAUCCAAAACCACUUGCCGCUUGCCAUUGGCGACUAUACCGACUUCUACGCCGGAAAGAAUCACGCUUACAACGUGGGUGUCCUCUUCCGUGGUCCGGCGGCCGCGUUGCAGCCCAAUUAUGUGCAUCUCCCAGUGGCGUAUCACGGUCGUGCGAGCAGCAUUGUCGUCUCCGGCACGCCCAUUCGCAGGCCGUGGGGCCAGAUCCUGAAAGACCCGAAAGCAGAGCCAAAGGUGCCCGUGCUGGCGCCGUGCGAGCGACUGGAUCUGGAGUUGGAGAUGGGCAUGUUCCUUUGCAGGGAAAACAAGCUCGGUGAGCCAGUGCCGGUUGACCAAGCCGAGCAACACAUCUUUGGCUACGUUUUGAUGAACGAUUGGAGCGCUCGCGACAUUCAGGCGUGGGAGUACGUUCCUCUUGGACCGUUCACGUCAAAGAACUUGGGAACCAGCAUUAGCCCAUGGGUGGUGCUAGCAGACGCGCUUGAAGCCACGAAGACGGCCGGUAUCGAGAACUCGACAGAGCUGCAGCCCUACCUCCGCGAGAGCAAGAAGAACAAUGUUCUCGGUGUUGACUUGGAAGUCGAUUUGAUCACUGCCAACGGAAACAAGACAACGAUUAGCCGAACAAACUCCAAGAAUCUGCUAUGGUCUUGGCCGCAGAUGAUUGCUCACCACACCAUCACUGGCUGCAACCUGCGACCGGGUGAUCUCCUUGGCUCCGGCACAAUUUCCGGCACCGAGUCUGGCACAGAGGGCAGCAUUCUCGAGCAGACACAAGGAGGCAAGCAGGCAGUGAAGCUGAACGGCGGCGAGGAGCGCAAGUUCUUGCAGGACGGUGAUACCUUGGUAAUUCGGGGCUGGAGCGGCCAGGAAGGCGCGCUGGUUGGUUUUGGUGAAGUUUCGGGCAAGAUUGAGGCUGCGCUGCCUCUUUUUUAG